CUUGCUAUUUUUCUUAAAAACAAAGUUAAAAAACAUAAAAAAAAAGAUUAGUUCUGCUUGAGAUGCGUUAAAAAAUGAUUUAAUUUAAAAUUAAGACUCUUGGAGGGCAGUGCUGGUCCAGUACUCCAUCGCAGAGGACAUGACCAAAGUGAGUCUGAAGAAGGUACUCGUAUCCCUGGCCUAUAUCUCGGGGAUCGGGAAGCCGAGUGUCUGCCACACGGUGAUCGUCGUCUUCCUGGAGUACUUCGCCUGGGGACUCCUCACCAUGCCCAUCAUAGCCACCCUGAAGGAGACCUUUCCGGAGAACACCUUCCUGAUGAACGGCCUGGUGGCGGGGGUCAAGGGUAUCCUUUCCUUCCUCUCCGCCCCUUUGAUCGGCGCCCUCUCGGACAUCUACGGCCGGAAGGUACUGCUCCUAAUCACCGUGAUCUUCACCUGCCUGCCCAUUCCCCUGAUGACCGUCAACAACUGGUGGUUCUUCGUCAUCACCUCCGUGAGUGGGGUCUUCGGGGUCAGUCUGUCGGUGGUGUUCGCCUAUGUGGCGGAUGUCACCACGCUGGAGGAGCGCUCCAAGUCCUACGGCAUCAUCUCGGCCACCUACACCGCCAGCCUGGUGGUCGCUCCGGCCCUGGGUAGCUACAUCAUGAAGAACUAUGGGAUUCAGACGGGAGUCCUGAUCGCCACCAUAGUCUCCACCGUGGAUGUGAUCUUUGUGCUGCUGGCGGUGCCGGAGAGCCUGCCCCGGAAGGUGCGAGCCACCGGAUUGAGUUGGAAGCAGGCGGAUCCCUUUGUGUCCUUGCUGAGAGUGGCCUCGGAUCCCAACAUCCUGCUGCUGUGCGUCAUGGUGUUCAUGUUCCUGCUGCCGGAGGUCGGGGAGUACUCCUGCAUCUCCGCCUACUUGAAGCUCUUUAUGGGAUUUGGAUUCGAGGAGCUGUCCAUCUUAACCUCCCUGACCUCCACGUUGAGCAUCGUGGCCAAUGUGAUCCUGGGACCACUGGUGAAGUCGAUGGGCGCUAAGAGAGUCAUCCUGCUGGGUCUGAUCCUGGAGUUCUUCCAGUUCACCGUCUACGGGCUGGGCCGGGAGAAGUGGCAGAUGUGGCUGGCGGGGAAUGUGGCCGCCUUGGGCUCCCUCACUUUUCCGGCCGUCAGCUCCUACCUCUCCCUCUACUCGGAGGCCGAUAGCCAGGGCGCCGUCCAGGGCAUGAUGACCGGCAUGGCGGGACUCUGCAAUGGCCUUGGACCCGCCUUCUUCGGCAUCUUGUUCUAUAUCUCGGAUAUGGAUCUCACGGAGAACCGAUUCCUAAGGCGUCGCUUCUUCCUGGAUCGGAUCAUAGCGGGUCCUUUUAUUUUCGGCGCCUUUUUUGUCUUCAUUAGUAUCCUGUUGGCUUCCUUGAUCCCGAAAGAGAGGUCCUUGAAGGUCAGAAAGGGGGAGUUCUCCGCCCUCAAGUACACCAUAGAAUAUAAUGAAAAGUUGCUUAAUAAUAAUAAUUAAUUAUUUAUUA